AUGAGGAAAGUUAUCGAAGAACAGGACAACGCUCUCGAGAAAUCGGAAAGUGGCUUCUCAACUCCUUCUCCAGUAGUUUCUUCUACGCUGGCAGACGCCGUCGAAGAGCGCGUAGUAGACAUUGCCAGCCUGAAUCUUACCGAUGACCCUCUUUGCAACUCUGAGGAUCUGAGGAAACUCAUGCUUGAUAACAUUGACGAGAACCUGAACAGCUCAAAGCGACUGAUUCAACUGGCAGCAGAAGCACAGUUUGGCGGUAGAUUCGAUGUAAUUUGUGCCAACGGAGAUUUCAGCUACGUAACGAACACCGAACUGUUCUGCCAAGAAACAAAAGGUGACAUCUCAUGCUACACCUACCGACAAUUAUAA